AAAAGUGUGACAGUUCGACGUCACUCAGACCCAGAAUCCAAACACCACAGUCGCAAAUUUGUCCAGGAAAUGAAUCCGAGUGUCUGUGUGGUGCAGUUGCCCGGGAAUCCCAGCAAGAAGAAGUCAUGGUCGGAGCUGAAAGGAGUGGUGACGGAACUGCGGCGGAAUCUAAUGGCCCUCUCCAGUGUCAUCCCGGCAAACAUAAACUUCCGUGCCCUGUCUGAUGGCCGGAUACGGAUCUACUUUCUCAGUACGCCGCCCAAUGGCUGGGAGACCACGUUGCUCUAUGUGGAUAUUUGCCAGACGGACGACAUCACACCAAAAAGACUGCCCUGGAAUCUACUGCUGGAGCCCACAAUAUCUAGUCUCACGAGUACAUCGACGUCGCGCGAGGUGCAGCUUUUUCUGGAGCGAAAGCGCCUCUCCACGUGGGGCAUCUCAUCAUAUGAGCUCCAUCAGGGCAGUGGCAAGAUCGUUUUCCCUGCAUCGAGCACGCUAUAUCAGUGCCACGACACUGGCUUUCACUCCGGCACCGUGUUCCCCACGGAGCUGCGCAUCUGUCAGCUCUGGGCGGCCAUCGAUCCACAGAUCUGCCCGCAGAACUCAGACUUGGUGGCGUACGUGUGUGGCGGGGACAUAUGGAUCACGCACACGGUCAGUCUGCAUGGGGAGCGACUCACGUACGCCCACGACGGCCGGAGGCCCUUCUCCGACGACCCCCUGAGCGCAGGUGUGCCGUCUUACGUGAUGCAGGAGGAGUUCAACCGCUAUCAGGGCUUCUGGUGGCAGCCGCGCUCCGACGAUGGCGUGUACCGGAUAGUGUACGAGGAGGUGGACGAGAGCGACGUCACCUUGUACACCUUCCCUUCGUCGGACUCUGUGGGCGGCGGCGAGUACGAGGAAUAUCGCUUCCCGCGGGCGGGCUCGCCUAACGCCAAAUCGAAGCUGAAGCUCGUGCAGUUCACGCUGUCGGAGAACCUCCAGAUCUCUGACAUCUGCAUCAAGGAUAUGCAGUGCCCGCUGACGUACGCUUUUCCCUGGAUGGAGUACAUCGUCCGCGUUGGAUGGACGCCUGACUCCAAAUACAUUUGGACACAGCUGAUGAAUCGCCUUCAGCAGCGAUUGGAAGUGGUGCUAAUUCCUAUUGAUAACUUCUGUGAGCCCUACAGCAGCGGUCCGUCGUCGCCGGCGGGCGAGGAUGUGGACUGGAAGAGUCCGCUGGGCCAGACAAUAAGUCCCAUGCAAGUGAUCUACAGAGAGACGUCGUCCACAUGGGUGAACGUGAACGAUUUGCUCCACUUUCUGGACGUGACACCGGCCACGGUGUCCUUCCUCUGGGCCUCGGAGGAGAGUGGCUUCCGGCAUCUGUACUUGGUCACAUCCAGUCUCCUGGGCAGCAGUGUGAAUGGUGUGAGGGACGACGCGGCGCAGAUCUCGCCCAGCUCUGAGGAGGCUCACACCAACUCGGCGAAUCUGCAUCCGCGCAUCGUGAACAAGGUGGCUCUCACGGCGGGCGAGUGGGAGGUGCUGGGCAGGAAUCUCUGGGUGGACACGGCGCAUCAGAUCAUCUACUUCUUGGGCCUGCGGGAGAGUCCGCUGGAGAAGCACUUGUACGCCGUGAGCUUGAGAUCGCCCGGCAAUGUGAGCCUCCUGACGAAGCGUGGCUACUCGUACACGGUGGAUUUCAAUCAGGAUUGUACCAUCAUGGUGCAGACGUACUGCAACAUCCAGGAGUUGCCCACGUGCGAAGUGAAGAGAGUGACGCAGACGUGCACGAACGGGAGUGUGAAUGGCCUUGUGCUCACAUCAUUGGGCUUCCUGCUGGAGGGAGGCGCUCCUGAGAAUCCUCACUACUGCCCCUCAAUCUACAAUCCCCGCCUGCAUAAUGGCGAAGUGCUGUAUGCCAUGGUGUUCAAGCCACACAAUUUCACACUCGGUGUGAAAUAUCCAACAAUUCUGAAUGUGUACGGCGGACCAGAAGUGCAAACUGUCAACAACACCUUCAAGGGAAUGCGUCAGCUUCGGAUGCACAUGCUGGCUGCCCAAGGCUACUGUGUCGUCUGUGUGGACUCACGUGGCUCCCGCCACAGAGGCGUCAAGUUCGAGAGCUACUUGCGAUGCCGAAUGGGAACAGUUGAGCUGGCCGAUCAAGUGGAGGUGCUCAAGAUGCUGGCCGAUCAACUUGGCUACAUUGACAUGAAUCGUGUGGCGAUUCAUGGUUGGUCCUAUGGAGGAUACUUAAGUCUCAUGGGAUUGAUCCAGUAUCCGGACGUAUUCCGGCUGGCAAUUGCCGGAGCUCCGGUGACCAACUGGGAAUACUAUGAUACUGGUUACACAGAGAGGUACAUGAAUUUGCCAGAGAAUAACCGGCAAGGAUAUACAGCGGGAUCUGUGCUCAGUUACAUCAACAAAUUCCCCGAAGAAGAAAAUCGUCUACUUAUUAUUCAUGGCCUAAUUGACGAGAAUGUUCACUUCUUUCACACGUCUCAGCUCAUUAAUAGCCUCAUUAAGGCAAAUAAACCAUACCAGUUGCAGGUUUAUCCCAAUGAGCGUCACUCAUUGCGCAACUUGGAAGCCAGCAAACACUACGAGACCACACUUCUCUCCUUUCUGCAAAACAACUUGUAAACUCACUGGGAAGGUGUGACUUCCAGUGCGUUCUGAUUUUGCAUUGAAUUGGCAAGAGUAUGCAAUUGUAGGCAAAUUUAAAAAUGUAUAACAAAUUAUGCAGAAUGUUUGUUUUUUGCAUUGUUAUGGGGAUUUUCUUUAUCAGUUUUUGCGUCAGACUCUACCUUAGGCAUCAUCUCUUUAAUAAUUUUUGCCAAGUCAUUUUUUUUACUUCUUUCUCUUCAUUUCUUUUUUUGUAAGGAAAAAACAUACUUAUAUGCGCUGUAAGGAAAAUAAGUAAGAUAACAGCUAACUAUAACUAUAAGGAGCGAUGAAAGUAAUACGUAUUUUAAUACAAUAUUUAGUAGAAGAGGUAAAGUAUAAGUACUUGUUACUGUUUUCUUUUUUUUGUAGAGAUAACACUGCUGGAAUGUUUUCGGUUUUUCCAUUCUUGUCAAUACUCUCAAAUUUAGUUGGCAGUCAGGAGAUUUAUGAUUUUGUUUUUUUUUGUGAUGAAUUUGAAUUGAUAGUAGAAGAUAUAAAACGAAGAGAACGUAAAUAUUUUGCAAAAUAUCCCAGAUUAGUAGAAUUUUCUAACGAAAUUGCUGGUUGUUGAUGGAAAAUUGUAAUUUAUUUGCAUGAAAAGUUUUAGUAUUAAAAAUCUUUUCCCUUGAAUAAACAAUUUGAAAUAUUGGCAUGAAACAAUGAAGAAUAAAAGAUUUUUUUUUCAACUUUUUUCUAUGUCCGAAUCAGAAGCAAUUUCCGUGUGAACAUUUAUUCAUUUGGACACAAGAAAUGAGUGAAAAAGAAUGUGAAAAAUUAGCGCUAUUUUGGUGUACAAUGAAUGGAACAAUUGUAUUUUUAUAUAUUUGCGAGAGAAGAGAUAAUAGAUUUAUUGCUAGUGAAGAAUGCAAGGCCAGUUGUCUUGCACUGUGCUCAAAUAUUCACUCUUUCCAUUUCAAUCUCCAAACCUUCUUCUAAAUAAGGAUAGUUUUUUGUCUCAAGUGUCGCCUCAGAACAGUAUAAUUAUCAUGUGCAAUUGUUAUCUUGUGAAAAUGCCCCAAGUCUCAUUUCCACAGCCUCUCAUGAAUAAAAGAACACUCGAAAUCUUGCAA